GCUGUUGUACCCCUCCAGCAAUGCUUUAAAAAAACAAAAACAGGUGUGUCUGUGUUGAUCUCACCCGGCUGUAGCAGAGUCUAUAGGCAAACAAAGGAGAGAGAAUGAGAGCAAAGCUCACAUCUGAGCAGGAAGCUUCCCUCUCAUUCCAAGGGGAAGAAUGCAAAGCAGUUGACUCGGCAGAGAUCAGCACUUGCUGCCCUCCAGCUCGAUCAGCUCCUUCAACAAGUGGCAUUGUGAGUGAUCUCCCUUUGAAGCAGCAGCGGUGAAGCAAGUGGUGCUGGUGUAAGAUGGUGGCAUAGAUCCCACCGGGGGACCUUUCCUGAACGGAAACUGAAACAGGCCCUUCAACAAACCAUUAAGCAAGAUGCCAUCCCUGGGCACUUUAGCCUUCUGCUUCCAAUUUCUAAUGGUUGCUGCAUCUUCCCAACCUUCACUUGAUCUGACCCUUGACUCAGCUGUCCAUGCCUCAUUGACCAGCGAAAAUGGAAUUGAAGAGGACGACUUUCAAACCAUGCUGCAGAGGCAGAAGCGGGAGGCAGCUCCACUUCGCUAUUCCCAUUCGGCAUACAUUGUCAAUAUUGGAUUAAGUUUUACAAGUCCAUUGGUACCAAUCCAAGAUUAUUUCAAGAACCUUAGUCUGCCAAUCUUAAUAAACACCUCGGAUUCGAUGACAACCAUUUCAAACAUCAAUGUUACAACAGACGCCCCGCCUAUGAACAAGUCCAUCACAAUAAUAAUGUCAGUCAAACUCGAUAUAAAUUUUCAAGAUGCCCUCAGGAAUCCUUCUUCUGAUCUCUAUAUGAAAUACAAACACGACUUUGAAAAAGCAUUUACAAAUGCCUAUCAACAUUUGCCUGGCUUUAUAUCAGCCACAGUUACAGGCUUCAGGUCUGGAAGUGUUUCUGUGGACUAUGAAGUAAAAACAGCUUCAGCAACAUUAACCCAACUUGAAAAUGCCAGCAGAGACGUACUGAACUCAGUAAAUGCAUCAUAUAUGAUCACCCCUAAUUCUUUUGUUGUUUCAGCAGUCAUAACUGAUCAAACAGACUUCUCUGUGUGUCCUGCUGACAUUUUUGAGGGGGAUACAGUAAUAAUGACAUGCCAGACAAAGUUAACUUCCUGGAACGUAACUUGGGAUCAUUCUGGACAAGUCGUUUCACAAAGCUACCGACAUUCAAUUCAAUCAACAGGAACAGAGUCAACUCUGAAAAUUACCAACUUUGCACAGAAUGACAGUGGUCCCUAUACAUGUGUGUUUAAAGACUCUGCUGCACCCUCCGUGUUGUACAAAGCAACCCACAAUUUAACAGUUGCUGCAAUAAACAUUGUAUCAUCAGAUAAUAUUGAUGUUGUAUGCGAGAGGGUCGAUGUCUUGCUCACCUGCUGCACUGACAGAAAUUUACAGCCAUCUAAUGUAAAGUGGUCUGUAAGCGGACAAAUGGGUAUUUUAGGGACUGCAACCACCAAGGACAACUGUAGUAACUACCGCCUUGAAAUUCAAGAUUACCAUUGCUCCCCUAGCAAGUCAGGUACUGUGACAUCGUAUACGUGUGAGCUGAGCACUGGGAAUGGGGCCCGCAGAAGUAAAGUCAUCGAAGUGACAUAUUUACAAAUAGCAAAUAUAACGAUAUCUCCACCCACAAAUGUCUCUGAGGGAUACAAUUUUUCAUUAACGUGCACCAGUAAUGUGAUGAAUUACAAUAAAGUCAUCUGGGAAAUCCAGAUGGGAACCACUAAUACAACAAUAGAAAGUGACCCGUACAUCCAAACUUACACAAACCAGACGGAAGCCGAGUCUGUUCUCACAGUAAAGACUGCCACGCUGGAGUGGAACGGUACCUAUACCUGCACAUUCUUCCAAAAAAGCUUGUCAAGUUCUGCCCGUACAGCUGUUGAAGUUGUUCCUUUGCCUCUGAAGCAAAACAUUUUCGUGGAUCCCAUUGAAGCAUUUAUUAGGUGCAAUACCCAGCAGGAGCUGAAAUGCUGCAUAAACAAAAUGGAAAACUACAACGUUACUUUCACUGUUCAAAGCACUACAUUUUUUCCUGGUAAAAGAUAUGUGGCAGAAAAUAACCAGAUGUGCUAUGUGUAUAAUUACACAGAAAAGACAUGCAACAUCGAGAAAGAUCUUUUGGCGUAUUGCACCUUUCAAAACCGCAUCAACGGAACCAUUCGAAGUCCUGAAAUGAAACUACAACUUAUCCCUGACACAGCUAAAGUGGUUUGCUCAAGCAGUGUUGGCAUUGGAAAGCAAGGAGACAGAAUAACAAAAUCUUGUCCGAUUUUAAACGGUCCCAUGAGAGGAAAUAUAACUUAUGUGUGUCGUGACAAGGCCUGGAGCGAGGCUAGAAACAACUGCAUAUCUGCACCAAUAAACACAUUGCUUACUGCUGCUGAGGCUUUGCUGUCUAGUCCUCAGCCAAAAGAAAAGCUACCCGAAUAUCUGCAGAGUCUUGUGGAAGGGGUAAAAAAGGAAGAACAAGGAAUAAAUACGUCUCCUCCAGACCUGGGGGCAGUUGUCACCAUCCUGGGUUUGGUUUCAACCAUCCCAGAGGAGGCAGCGCAGUCCACAGUGAAGAACUUCCUAACUGUAGUAGACAUCAUUGUCAGUAACACCACAAUAAAUUCCUGGAAUGAAUUGAACCAGCAGGAAACAAAUAAGAGUUCUCUGUUAUUAGAGUCAGUGGAGAGAUUUUCCCAGUACCUCCAACCAGUCAAUAAUACCAUCCCCUCUAUUAGAAACACCAACCUGCAGUUAGAAGGCAUAGUUAUCUCUGAAGGCAACGGGUCACAGUAUGCAAAGAACUUCACGUUCUCAGGUCCAUCAGGCCUCAGUGGUAAUGUACUAAUUAAUGAAGCACAAAUUCAGAACUUACAAGCAAAUACAACUAUCAUCAGUGUGGCUUACUCAACCCUUGGACAAAUUUUGCCCCACCGCAGUGAGACCAGUGAGUCUGUGAAUGGCCUAGUGAUGACAACAACAAUGAGCAGAAACAUAUCCCAGGGCUUUGAGAUUAUUAUGACAUUUGGAAAAAGCAAUAUUUCCCUGAUCAAUCCCCAGUGUGUCUUUUGGAACUUUACAUCAGGACAAUGGGACAAGACUGGCUGUAGGCCUGAGAACCGUGAGCAGGAUGUCACAUGCAACUGCACUCACCUGACCUCAUUUUCAAUUCUGAUGUCACCCCAUGCAGUGUCCAUUGGAGGAAAUGCACUAGAUUAUAUUACCUACAUCGGUUUGAGCAUUUCCAUAUUGAGCCUGUUGGCCUGUAUUUUAAUUGAAUUCCUGGUAUGGAAAUCUGUGACAAAAAACAGAACAUCUUACAUGCGCCACAUCUGUAUGUUAAACAUAGCCACUUCCCUUUUGAUUGCAGACAUCUGGUUCAUUGUUGCAGCCUCCCUCCAUGACAUAAAGGAGACAGUGAAGGACAUCUGCAUAGCUGUCACAUUUUUCAUCCAUCUGUUCUACCUCUGUGUCUUUUUCUGGAUGCUUGCUCUGGGCCUCAUGCUCUUUUACCGUCUGGUCUUCAUUUUACAUGACACAAGCAAGACCACCCAGAAAGCGGUAGCUUUCUCAUUGGGCUACGGGUGCCCUAUCACCAUAUCAGUCAUCACCAUUGCUGUCACACAUCCAUAUGGUGCUUACGAAAGAAGGGAUGCCUGUUGGCUCAGCUGGGAGAUGAGUAAAGCUCUUCUUGCCUUCGUCAUACCUGCACUGAUCAUUGUGGCUGUGAAUUUUAUCAUUGCUAUUGUAGUCAUAGGCAAAAUCCUGAGGCCAGCUGUUGGUGACAAGCCAAACCAGCAGGAGAGGAGCUUCUUCAUUCAAGUUGGGAAAAGUAUUGGUGUCCUGACACCCCUGUUAGGCCUUACCUGGGGGUUUGGAUUUGCAACUGUUAUUAAAGACACCUCAGUGGUGUUCCACAUACUAUUCACAAUUUUGAAUGCUUUGCAAGGUUUAUUCAUUUUGCUCUUUGGAACUGUCUGGGACAAGAAGGUACGAGAAGCCUUGCUGAACAAGUGUUCAUCAACCAAAUGGAGUUCGCAACAGACAAAGUCAACGUCCCAGGGAAACUCCGCACCAGUGUUCUCCAUGAAGUCUCCCUUGUCAAAACCAUUAAACAGUUUAUGUGGCAAAACAGGAAAAUAUGAUGUUUCAUCCACAGAAACAAUGAGCUUUUCGACUGAAAACAUUUCCAUGGCCAAUUCUUUCUUUCACUGACGUGCUUUAAAUGGCAACCUGAGUAUCUGUAAAGGGAUUCGGUUCCUCUUGGCCAAGCUGUGAACCAAAAUGAAACCUAUCUGUGAAUCGUAGAGAAGCAGACUGUUUCACACAGACCAUGUUGCUUGGCACAUUCUUUAAGAAGCAUCCUUCUGUCUAACAUGUCAGACAUGGAAUUCUUCGGGAGACCAACAAUGGCAGAAGUAAUUUAAAAAUAUUACAACUCUACUAGGGUCCAACCCUGUAAGUGUCUGAGAGCCCUCAGCCUUCCUUACAAUCAAUGAGAAAGUGCUCUAUGCAGUAUUGAGCCAUGCAACAUAACACUAUGUGCACAAGACUUCAUGUGGUUUUAAUAAUUUCUCUUUGCUUAGUUGCCUGAAUGACUCCAAAUGCAUGCCUAUAAACACACAUGCUUCAUUGCCCUGUAAAAGGACCUAAUGAUUUUUAUAGCUCAGCUCAUCUUGGAACCACUGGUUCAAAUCCCAAACAUUUCAGCUCAAUGGACUUGCCCCACUACUCACUUCAAUUGAUGGAUCAAUUGAGUACUAUAAUGGUUCCUGCAUGGAGAUCUCCCAAUAAAACUAAUCUGCUUUUAAUUGUUUUGAAAACCCUGAGACCUUCUGUGGUGCUUCAGUAAGAAAACGACAACUUAUGGUAAGAGACAUUUGACUUCUGUCUUCUACCACAGUGGCAACUGCAUUCUCCCCCACUGUGUAUGUAGACAGUUCCAUGCUGUACGUCUUUGUGCUUGGGUCUUCCAUUGACAAGGAGAGCAGUCCCAAAGUCAGAAGCCUUGCAGAAUCAGUCUCAACCAGGAGAACAUACUGAGCACUCACAGGAUGAAAGAUGCUAUUGAAAUGAUUGCUUUAAUUUUGAACUAGUGCGCUUUGUUUUAAUUUUUUGCAACCACUGAAGAGUCUAAUGAUUUAAGCACAGGCCUGCAAAAUAUUCAAUGCCAAAAGCUGAAGUGUUUGCAAUAGAAGGAACGCUUCACAUCUGACAGAAGGAGGUUCACAAGUUUCAUCCAGUUCUAGAUUUGAGGUCAAGUUCAACAUCCUUCUUAACUGGGGCAAUUCCAUUUGGCCCACCUCAAUACAAGGCGAAUUUGAUCUUGUGCUGCGCUGUGGGAUGAACCGGAAGAGAAAACCUAAGCUGUAUGGAGAAGGUUCUGUUAUUGGAGUGUGUGUGAUCAUUAUUGAGGACAAACAAAAAAGGGCAUCAAGUGAAUUAUUCAUGCAUGCAACAAUUUCUUUUUGCAUUUAUGAUGUAGACCUAGUCCACUGCUUAUAGAUUAAGAAUUGAUUCCUUUUCUUUCAGAUAUAGAGCCUGUCAUAGCUAUCUAGCCUUUCAGUGCAUCUGCCUUUCUAAAACAUCCAUCCACUUCUUCCACCUGAAAUAGUCCCUAAGCCAUCCAUUUCUUCUAAUCUCUUCCAUAAAUCCACUGUGAACUAUUGACUUGAAGCACAAUUAUAGUUUCAUGCAACUAGAAGGUGUUCACUCGGAGUGAGCUAGGAGAUCGAUUUAUGCACAAUAACAUGUGAGUUUCUGUGCAUAGUGUCAGCAACUGUCGAUUUUCUGGAUCAUGGUGUACACAUAAGAGGUCUAGUCAGGUGCCUGGUAGAGUCCUGUGACCAUCAUACCAAGACCUUCAACAUUUAUGCCUAGGGAAGAGUAUGGAGGAGUUAGAGGCUGUCCAAGUCCUACCAUCCCCCUUUAGACCAUUGAGAUGUAACCCAAAGGCCAGACCAAACCCAGACAUUCAGUGCCUCAAUGAUUGUAAUUUCUGCCAGAGAACAAAAAAGGACUGCUGCUAAUUGCCUAAUGCCUCAGCGAAGAUACGUUUCUGUUGGGGUGAUGUCCCUUAGCAUUUCUCCAACCAACAUGUUUGUGCAUAGUAUAGUUCCAUUAUAUUUUAUAUUGUUCAACCACGUUGCUUCAGCCUGAGACCGCAUUAGCUCUCAAAAGCUAGGCAAGCUAGGGCCUGAUGAACACUUGGGUAAGGGAUUGCAAAGCUAAACUGAAUGUGUUUCAGCUAACAACAUUAAGUAGGAGGCUCUCAGUAUUGAAUGGAAAGGGGCACUGUGCAGUUGGAGGGAAUGUCUUUGGAAUAAUAUGCAAACUAUUCUACAAAUAUUCAUAAUAUUCAUGAUUAUUGUCAUAAAAAAGCUUCUGGCAUUUUAUGGAAGAAUAUCUUGUGCCCUGACCAAAAAAUCAACCUAAGUUAAACAUGUCCUGCACAAAGUAUUGCCCAUUGGAGAGUCAACUAGAGCUGUUAUUUAUUGUGCAUCUCUGUUCCCUCUACCCAGUGCCUGAAUCAAAGGUGCUGCAUUGUACACUGUGACAAAUAUAUCAUGGAAAAGUGUGUGCUAUUGCUGAGCUCAAUUUAACACAGGAUGAACAAAAAGUUUGCUUACUGAUUUCUGGUCCAGGAUCGUCAGAUAGGAAAAAUAGCAGCAGAGGUCAAUAGUAAAUCGGGGCUUGCUUCUUUCUUGGACAACAUGUCUGCACAAGGGAUAAAGGAGCAAUAAGUAUUCUCAUUGCCUCUACCUGGCCCUUGGAUCUAGAUGUGAAAAAGUAAGGUCCUCUAACCCUCUUCUUCUCUGGAGCAGGUAGGAGAAGGUGGUCAGAGUCUUGGAAACACGUGCUCCAUUUUAUAGGCUGUGAUAGGCUGGCUUUAGCUCAAGUAUAUACAAUACCUAAAUGUCAGAUUUAGCCCCUUUUCUGUAAACAGCUUUGAGAUCCUUCACAAUGAAAGGUGCUGUGUAAUAGAAACCCUUUUUAUCUAAGUUACAGUGAUCUCUAGCAUUCACUCUACGAAAGCUGACAUGAAUAAAUGGCAAUAGCGCAAUGGUUCUAGGGCUUAUCAACCAUAACAUUCAGAUCUCAUUUCUGAGGAGGUCGUGGUGCUGUGAUUUCUUCAUGACCCUUUCAUGUCUCAGCCAUAUGAACUCUGUGUAGUCCUGUUAUAAUUGCCCCAAGACGGUUACAUCCACACAGCAGCUGCAUUUUUUAAAAAUCAAUGGAAAAAGCAGUAAGUCACACCAUCUUUAAACGAAGUUGACUAAUCUUACUGUUUAAGUAACAACACAGCAGGCAUGUCUACAUGAAAUGCUUCAUGUGCAGAAGCCUAAUUGUACUGUGCUUUAGCAUGGCACGCAAAGCCUGUGCUAAUGCGUUAAUGCGCAGUAGAUUUAGUGUAACGUGCAGUAGCAUCACAAAAAAACCCAUUCAUCUGUGCUAAUGUGCAGGAGCGCUGAUUAUGGCACACGAAGUUAGUACCCAUCAUUACAGGUACUAAACUUAAUGUGCUGUAAUUAAUGAACGUGUAGACACACACAGCAUCUCUUUGGAUACUCCUGCUAUCCCCCUUGAUGGAUUCAACAGUUAAAAAUGAUUGCUGCAGCCUAGGAAAACAGCUCACCACUAUUCCCUGUCCAAAUGCCUAACAGCUCUUUUCUUUGAGACUAACUCAGCUAAUCUUUGUAUAACUUCUUUCUCUAUUAUUCCCUGACCUAAUGCUCUUUUAUAAAAGUAAUGUUAUUCUUCCCUUUGUAGGAUAAUGCCUACUGGACUUUACAGGUAAAAGCACUUUAUUUUUGUACUAUGAAGUUUUUCUUUCUAAUAUACACUUGACAUUUUAAAAGUACAGGUGAAAAAAGAAACACCUGCUUAUUGUGUAGAUAUAAAUGUGUAUACAUAUAUUGUGGAUAUAUAUGUAUAUGUUAUGACACUGCUUGUUAAUAAACCCUACUUGCAUAGAGCUCACAGGGCCUAGGUGCGUGUCCUUAUUCAAUGUAAGGAUUACUGCUGUCACAAAAGCACUAAUUGCAGGUUUGUACCUCAAGCAUAAGCUAGAGGUUAUUACUUGCUGAGGGACCUGAUUUAAUUUCUGUAAUCUCUCAUGAAGUUGUUUGGCUAUUGGGACCAUGUUAGAUCUUCUACAGCAUCAGUGAUUAAUGACUGAUGCCUGCAUAUACCGGAGGAUGUGCACACUACUAAAGGUUAAGAAUUGCUGUGUCUGAGAUGUGUUUUGCCUGGUGAUAGUUUAGGAACAUGGAGAAUUGAGUUUGCUUGGCAAGGUUUUCUCUAGAGAUGGACUAAAAAGAAGUGUUGGGAUAUGAAUUAGGGGUAGGGUCAGAUUGAUCCUAAGGCUGAGUCAGGGCUGCAGUUCAGGUUCAACAGCACAGACAAUUCACAAGAUGCUGCCUUUACAUUAAAUAAACUGGAAAAAAGUGGAUCCUUCUGAUUUAGGUGCUGACUUGAAAUAAGAAUUGCACGGAGGUCAAGUCUGAACUCAGGAUACUUGGACCUGACAUUCUGAUUGUGUCUUACGUCCAGUUUCUCAAAGAAAGACGACUAAGCAAAAGGCAGAGGUUAUGGCUCGAGUCUUUUAAUUUCUCCCUGCUGUUGGACUGCACAUUGCAGUGCAGGCAGAUAGGGCAGUGACAGCUAGAUGGAUGAACACCUUAGUGGGAAUCUGGCAGGGCUCAGGAGCCAAUGCACAGGAUCCCUCCCAGCCUGAGCUUCUCAGCAGUGGUUUCCUAGUGCCACCUUGUGGAAAAGUUGAAUCAAAGACAGAGAAGUGCUAAAUAAUUCCUUUUGUCUCCUCAAGGGAGCUCAGCACCUUUGAAAAUGUGACCUCCAAUGGUUCUGAGCGUGUGAAAAUCUGACCCAAAGGUGAUGCAUCGGAGCAUUUGAUGAAAGGGAUGUGUGUUUCUAUGAACUGGUGAAUGCAGCAGUAGCUACUGUGAGAAAACAGAUAGAGUGGGACUAAGGCCAGGAGGCUGAUAAGCAGACUUCAGCAAGGAGCCCACCUCCCUGAGCUACUUGCUGUAGCUUGUCCAAUCAACAUUGGUCUGUCGGAGCCCUAUAAUUCAUCCAGGCCCUUAGACUUUGUCAACAGUUAAAGCAUUUGAUGUAGCUUAUCUUGUCUCAGCUACUUUAAAAGAUCACACCUACUGUAUUAAGAUGAAAAGUAUAUUUAGAUUUCAGAAGCCAUCCCACCAACACAGCGAACUAAUCAGCUGAUCCAUUACUGUACUUUCUCGCAUAUAGCCCACACACUGAUAUAACCGGCACCAAUUUAUAACCCGCGGAAAAUUGUAUUUUCGGAAAGUAGUCCGUGUAUAGACUGAGCCCAUGUAUUCCCCGCACCUGAUAGUGUCGGUACCAGAGAUGAUUUUAAGCCUAUUAAGCCUGAGAGGUGCUCUGCCAUGAAUGAACAAAUUUCACCAUUGCACUAGCGUGCACCGUGAGUGGUAUAAAGUUAAAACCAAUGGUUAUUUUCAAAUGGGUAACAAUGCCCCAAGAAAAGAUCCCAAAUGGAGUUGCAGUUAUUUGCAAUAAGAAAGGGUGGAUGAAUGAGGAUAUAAUGAAAGAAUGGACAGAACGCUGUUUUCGAACAUGGCAAGGCGGGUGGACCAGCUAUAGCACUCGUAUCGUCAUCAUCCAGUAUGUCGUACAACCUGGAAAUACUAUUCAAACAAUUAUUAAUGCACUUAUUAACUUCUGCUACACUUGUUUUUGCAUAAAUGGCUCUGCAUAGCCCACACCCUUGUAUAGCCCGCACCCAUCCAUCAUGUUUGUAAAAAAUUAUAUAUGCGAGAAAAUAUGGUACAUGGCACCCCUUCUUUCCAGGAAGCAGUAGUUCUGUGCUUGACUUUGUGUGCUAAUUUGGUAGAGGAUUGUUACAGUUGCCCCAAAGAAAAAGCUGUGUGUUGAUUUUUUCCCUUGUCUUAAAACUUCUAGAAUAAAAGGCUACCUACUAUAACAGUUCUGUUUCUCACGUGCCCGAAAGCUUGCAAUUAACAACAUUUUUUGGCAAAAAUCUAGCUGAUCUAAUCAAAGAUGUCACCUCUACCACGAGCUCUGAUGUCUUGUGCUGCUAGACCAAUACGGCUACAAUCUGGAUACCUGACACAUGGAAGAUAUCAUAUUUUAGUAGAUUUUUUAAAAUGAAAUCUUAAUAAUUUUACAAGGAGGAAGCAAGCUUUACCACCUGAAACCUGAGACCCUGCACCUGCCUUUGUUCAAGGUAAUCUGCAUUCUCACUAGAGCCCAGAGAUACCUCACCACAUAGGAAAUUCCUUCCCAGAAGAGCAUUACAUCCUUUUGCUCCUCUGUGAAACACAAAACGUCAUAACCAGAAGGAAAUAUGACUGCAUCCUGCUUGCCACCAAACAACUGCGAGGUAAACUAGAUUUUUCCAACUUUUCUCUGGGCCUAAUCUGCAUAAAAUAAACUGUUCCAAACAGGAGAUUAUGCUGCAUCUUCAACUCUCCUAUGAAAUAUGAACUUUCAUUUCUCUCUACACGAACUUAUACAAUCUUUCCUCCUGUGCCUGAAGAAGGGUGCUUAUGCCUGAAAGCUUGUAGUUAAAGAUUUUUUUUUUUGGCAUAAUCUAUUUGGUCUAAUAAAAGAUAUC